AUGGAUCCUUCAUUAGUUCCAGCUUCUUUGCCUAUGCCAUUGACUUCGGUCAAAACUUUAAAUGGGACAAAUUUUGAGGAUUGGAAAGAAUCUUUGGAUUUGUAUCUAGCAAUUACCAACAUGGAUUUUUCCUUGAGAGAAGCAGAACCUUCAGCUCUUACGCCUGAGUCCACUAUUGUCCAGAGAGCUUCUCGUGAAAAAUGGGAACACUCGAACAGGGUGUGCCUAAUGGUGAUGAGAUAUACCAUGGAGAAGUCUAUUCGACAGAGCAUUCCGGAUAAUGACAAUGCUAAGGAUUUUAUGAGAUCAGUUGGUGAGAAGUUUAAGACUUUUGAUAAAGCUCAAAAGGGUCAAUAUCUGUCACUUCUUGAGAAGACCAAAUAUGAUGGUGUCAGUGGUGUUCGUGAGCAUAUGAUGAAGCUUGUGCACUAUUAUAACAAACUCAAAUCUCUAAAGGUAGAUCUUGGUGAUAGUUACUUGGUUUGGCAGGUUAUGGAAUCUCUUCCUUCUUAG